AUGAAUAAUACGCCAUCGGGGAUCCUGGGGGCCAUGGAGGAGGAAGAGGAGCAGGUCUCCGGCGGGGAAGCCUCCAUCAAUUCCGACCUCAUGCAGGAGCGGAUCCUGGCCCGGCGUCUCCGCAUCGCUGCGCGCCUGGAAGCCCGGAGGCGAGAAGCGCUUGGAGAACACUUAGAUGGGAAGAAGGAGAGUGAGGAGGAACAGAGCAAGAGCUACAAGCAGAAAGAAGACAGCCGGCUGAAAUUGGCUAAACUGCUGCUCUGUGGCACAGAACUGGUGACCAACAUCCAGGUGGUGACGGACAUUAAGGAGAUUCAACGGCGAGCUGAGGAGGAGGAGACGAAGCGCCAGAGGCUGGAGAAGCUGGAGAAUGAAAUGAAGACGAGCCAGGACAAGUUCGACGAGAUCUCUGCAAACUGGGAGAAAGGCAAGAAGAAGAGCAUUCCGCAGGAGCUGUGGACGGUGCUCUCCGAGCAGCAGGAGCACUGUGCCAGUCUGAUUGAGGACAAAAACAAGCUCAUUGUUGAGUUGCACCAGGAGCUGAAAAUGAAGGAUGACCAGUAUGUGAAGGACCUGAAGAAACAGUCGGAUGACAUUUGCUUGCUGCUGGAGAGGAUGGAAGAGCAGGUGAAGUCUGUCACCAAGAGCUUUCGCCAGGAGCUCCUCAACAUUGAGAAAGCCUUUGAAUUGGAACGGAGGGAGCUCCUGGCUAGUAAUAAGAAGAAAUGGGAGCGGGCACUGCAAAGUCACAACAUCAAAGAGCUGGAGUAUCUCAUGUCCCGCAUAAAGAAGGCCGAGGAGCAUGAGCGGCUGCUCAACAAGCAGCGGGUGUGGGACUGGGAGGAGUACAACACCAUCAAGGUCAAGCUGGAGCAGGACGUGCAGGUCCUUGAACAGCAACUGCAGCUGAUGAAAGCGACUUACCAGCUAAACCAAGAAAAGUUAGAGUACAACUUCCAGGUGCUGAAGAAGAGAGACGAAGAGAGCACAGUGAUUAAAUCCCAGCAGAAGAGGAAACUCAACCACCUGCACGACGCCCUCAACAACCAGAGGCAGAAGUACGCUAAGUUGGUGAAACAGUCGGACACCGAGAACCGGAUGCUGACCUCGGACUACCGGCGGCUCGUGCAACAGUUCAAGGAGCUGCAGAAGGCCCUGAGACACUUCUCUAUAAUUGACCAAGAUAAUUUCCGGGAAAUUUGGCUGAUGAAUGAGGAGGAGGCCAAGGACCUGAUCAGCAAAGCCUUCAAAGUGGCCCGGAUCAUCCACACCCAUCACCUGGGGCUCCCCUGGACGACCCCCGACUACUGGUUCCUGCAGAACGUGGGCCCCAUCUCCCAGCAGCCGCAGAAGUCGGCCACACAGAUCCUGGAGGAGGUGAUGCAGCAAACAGAAGAGGAGGAGAAAGAAGGCACCUUGGCAGUGGACAGCUACCUGGAGCUGCCAAAGCAAGUGUCUGCCAGGACCACCAAAAAGAUCCUGAUGCUUCUGUGUGAUGAGUCGGGCUUCCUCAUCGAGGCCAAGCUGCUGAGCCUCUUGCUUCCACUGGGGCAGGCCGAGUGCUACUUACUGAGGCUCGACGCUAUCUUCUCCGCCCUGAGCAUCGAAAGCGAGGAGGACCUGUAUAAACUGGUCAAUUUCUUCAUCAGAUACCAGAUCCACCAUUCUAUCAGCCUCCAUCGCCCCUCCCAGGCCCAAGCUCUCACUGGGGGUUCCAGGAGCCUGACCUCAGAAGAGGAGAGGGAGGGAGAGGAGGAACAGUGGAGCCUUGUGAAACAAGGGGAGCAGGAAGAGGAGCCCUGGGAAGAGGAACCCCAAAGUCCCCCUUCUUCCUGGCUCAUCCACCCCAACGAUGUCCUCAAGAUUCUCAGGGCCUUUGUUAUGGGUCUGAAGGAACCCAGGGGUAUCCUGGCCCCAGCAAGGAGAGACCAGCGGGACAGCACCAAGGACUCUGAGUACUGGAGCGCCCUGGCCAACGUCAUCCCCCCCAACAUGCAGAGCCUCUGGGACGCCCUGCUCAUGGCCUUGGAGAAGUACCACCUGGUCCUGAUGAAACGGUGUACACUGCUGCAGGAAAAUCAGAGCCUGGAGUCGCAGAACUCGGAGCUGCAGGCCUUGCUGCAGCAUUACCUGAGAGCCAAGAUCAACUCUGAGCUGCAGAUUCCCCCAACUCAGGUGUUCCGAACACCUGCCACAUAGAGCUGC